AUGUUAGAAUUAAAAGCGGUAAUUCUAAUAGCUAUAUUUCUGGCAUUUGGCUUAUUUAUAAUCCUAUUGUGCUGCUUACGAUUAUUCAGACCAUAUCACACAAUAAUACACAUGAGACAAACUGAACAUAAUCAAAAACUAGUUGAUGAAUGUCCGAUGAUAAAACAGUAUCGUCCAACACCAUGGAUGAUCAAUGGUCAUAUUCAAACUAUUUUCAGUGAUAAAUGUAGAAAAAUUCCACGAAUAAACUUUACCCGUAUUCUACUACCGGUGUCAAAUAACGGUCAAAUAGCUCUUGACUGGAGCACAAUACCAGUUCGAAAUCAACCAGUGCUGUUAAUAUGUCACGGAUUGGUGGGUGGUUCACAUACAGCUUACAUACGAUGGAUGGUGAAAUUUGCUCACAAAACAUUGAAUCUGUGCUGUGUUAUCCACCAUGCAAGAGGAUGUGGCCGCUCUCAAUUGGCAUCACCGACGAUAUUUAGUGGAGUAUUCACAUCGGACCUACACAAAACAAUUCAAUAUAUUCGAUCAAUUAUUGGUUCACACACUCCGUUAUUUGGUCUAGGUUAUUCAUACGGUGCAGGAACCCUGACAAAAUAUAUUGGUGAACAAAUGGACAGAUGUUCUCUAACAGCUGCUAUUAGUUGUUGUGCAAGUUAUGAUUAUGUUCUAACAGCAAAUAAACUGGAAAAAGGUUUAAAUACGAGAACAUACAAUAAACAAUUAACACAAACAUUGAUAUCUUAUCUAAAAAGUCAUGAAAAUCAAUUUAAAGAUUCUACACAUCUUAAUUUGAGAGAUGCUUAUAAAGCACGAACAAUGCGACAAUAUGACACAGCGACGGCUGUACCGUUAUUUGGUUAUGAUGAUGUAAUUGACUACUAUAAAGAAGGUAGUUCAGCACAAUGGAUUCAACACAUUCGAAUUCCAACAUUGUUGUUGUCGGCUCUGGACGACCCAAUAUGUUGUAUAAAAGGUUUACCAUUGUCGAGUGUUUGUGAAAAUGAAUAUAUUAUUGCGGUACUAACGAAAGAAGGUGGUCACGUUGGGUGGCUACAAGGCUGGUGGCCAGCAAAAUAUACGUGGGAAAACACUGUAAUUAUAGAAUACAUUAGAGCUAUUUUAAAAGAAAGAAAUUAUGUAUGGCAUGAAGAUGAUACAAAUGACGAAUAUGAACAAUUGUCAAUUGAAUUUACAAAUUUAGAAGAUGAAAGCUUGGAAGAGUCAUAUUUGUAG